AUGGAUUCCAUCAAUAGGACUCAAUACGAGAGAAAAGAAACAAACCCUACGAUUUUGUUGCAAAAGAGUAUCAUUUUGCUUCUUUCUCGUUGGUAUGCCCUUCAAAUGGCUAUUGAGAAUCAAUGGGGUGGUUGUGAUUCUCUUCAGAAAUCGCAUCAACUUGCUGCUGAUUUAUUCUCCUGGUUCUCCAAAUCCAAUGCGUUGAUUCCUGUUGAAGAUUUAGAAAACCUACUCUAUGAAAGUAUGUUGCUUACAUUCAACACAGAGAUAGAAGAUGGGAGUAUUGAACAGCACUAUAUGAGACUUCUGAGGCAGCAGAUGACAUUUGGCCAACCAAUGUAUCUUGUUCAUAGACCAGUUGUCGAAACAAAUGUUGUAGAUGGGUUUUUGAGCUUGAAGUGUUUCUAUAACCACCUUACUUUGAUGCUCAUGUCUUCUAUCAAUCUCAAGUUUUAUAGAUAUCAUGUUACUUCUCCCAUCACAGCGUCGACAAUAGUAUUCGGCAUCCCGCCCCAAACUUCUAACUUUACCAGCCAAAAAACAUUCGAGAGCGCAUUCCAUAUGAGCAACGUGGCCACAAAUUCCGCCGUUAGCAUUCACUGGACACUUGAAAUAUCUAAAGCCACACCAUAUGCUAAUCAGCAGUUUGAAAGAGACAGGACUGCACAGCACCGCGCGUCUUCACCAACGAAUGAAGAAACCAAUCCCCGGUCUUCUCUUUUCAGACGCCUCUUACGUUCUUUGGCCAAAUAA